AUGAAAGCGAAAACCAGACGCAUCUAGGGCUUGUUGUCUACCUUACUUUCAUUGGAGUUCCAUAUCUUUAUCCCUCCCUACAUUCACUUCAUCUCCUUAGGAAAGAUCGGAACCAGUGAAGGAAGUAAGGUUAUUAUUCACUUUAAAUUGUUAACAGUUUGAAUCGGACUAGUAGAUUAGGGUUUUGAAUCUCGUCGAUCGUAUCGAUCUUAAAAUACCGUCUUUGAUUACUGUAAUUUGUUGACAAAUCGAAGCGGGAAGAAGUGCGCGAUUUUGUGUCUAUUAAUAUGCGGGGAUCGCAGAAAUCAAAAAGGGUAUCUUGGGCUCCUGAUGUAAACCUUUGUCAGGUGAGGUUGUUCCUAUCUGAGGACUCUCCCUCACAGGUUGGAAUCGGAGCUCAAGAUCACCUCCAAGCAAAGGCAUCAUGGCUACUGCAUUCAAGUGGAAUGAACUAUGAUGACCAUCUUCCUCCUGGGUUUGAAGGUGCUCAACCUUUUAAUCAAGUGAAGAAAGAAUUCUCCCAGAUCCCUCUUAUUAAAUGGAAAUGUCCUCCCAGAUUUGUGUUGAAUCACAAUUGGCAAGUGGUGGCCGGGGAAGAAAGCAAAGAGGCUGAAGUUCAAAACCAGAGAGAGAUGCGAGUGCUUGAAGCAGUGUAUCCUCGCCCUUCUGCCAUUCCUCCAAGCCCAUCUGUUUCACCAGAUAUAGAGAACUAUUAUCAGGAUGAUCGUCAGACUCCUAUCAUUCCCAUCACGCCCAUCGAAGAUGAAGAACCAGAUCCAUCAUGCAGUUCUGUAAUUCCAACUGCCACUUCUUUGAGUGUGCAGCAGCCAGUUUUUCCACAAGGCCUGUUGGUUCCUGGAUCUGCAUACACCUCUAAAAGCGACUUAACAGUUGCUCCAAAUCUUGCAGACAAUGAAAAGCCUGCUUCUGUUACCAUCCCUGGUGUAGAACCUGACGUGGUUGCUGCUGCCUCUGCAGUAUUUACUGCAAUCAUGCGAAGCAACGAGCAGGGAAGUCUGAUUGACCAUGAGUUGCUCAUUAAAAUACUGAGCAACCCAAAGCUGGUUGAGAAAUUGGUUACGGAUUAUACAAAACCUUCAAAUCCACAAAUCACACCCAAGCCAAGCUCACCACCUAUGAUCCCAUUAGGCCCGCUGACAGGCCCACAUCCUGUCCACAUCAGUAGGACAGAAUCAGAUUUACCCUUUUCAGCAGCCCCUGCAACGGGAAACUUGUACCCCGUGACAAAUGCAGCGGUACCCAACUUAAAUCCACGACCACAUCCACCUGGAGUCGUUCCAAUCCCCAAUCCUGCUGCAAAAGCACCUCCCGUCAAAGAUGUAAAUUACUAUAAAAGCCUGAUUCAACAACAUGGGGGAGAAAGACCAGAAGCUCAGGAUCUCACCCUUCCGCAGUUCAGUAAUUGCCACAGCCCUCAAACUCUAAGUGCAAACCAAGAACCAGUACAGAGCACAAAACCCAAGAUCCCGAAGCCUUGCAUCUACUUCAACAGCUCUAGGGGAUGUCGGCAUGGGGCCAAUUGUGCAUAUCAGCAUGAUUCGUCAUUUCAGCAGCGGGUUGGCACCAUGCAGCAACCCCCCAUUCCCAGUGCCAAAAGAAUGAAACUGGACAGGGAAAUAACAGGGAGAACAUAGAGCUUGUCGUUAAGAGUUAAUGUAAUCAUGUUCCCAGGAUUUUCUCUACGGCAGACAGCCCGGCUUUUAUACUUUUUUUUAGAUUCAUUUGCAGUAAAUAGAAUCCAUCCCCUUCUUUCAUUAUUUUCCCCUCAGCAUUAUUUUCAAAACCUAAUUUAUUAUCGAAGGUGCAGGUGUUGAGAGUGUUCCAAGUUCCAAUCAAUAUUGUGAUUAAACGAUCUGGUUUUCAAAUUUAAUCACCCAACUUUGUUUUCUA